AAUCCCCAUUCAUCAAACGCGCAGACGCGGCGCGUACACAGGCAGACGCCAUUGUCAAGGCAAUGGAUUGCAGUCGUAGACAGAGGGGACAUGACGCACCAGACAUGGAGACUUGAUUGAUUCUAGAGCUGAAUAUAUGACAUUGAUGGGAAACGGAAGCCAUCGGUCCACACUCUCGGCAUCGCAGAGCAGAAAACACGCCGGGUUACUCUGCCUCCGCGAGCUCAUGGUAGGGCAGCUUACUGCGAGGGUCGAAGACAAGGCAAGGUCAGAAGUCAGCCACGGACUGUUCGCAUACUCCUACUCUGCUGGCCCCGCCGCCGCCGUCGUUAUCGUCAAGGUACUCACGUCUCCACCGCCUCCAUCGUCGCCUCCACCUCCGUCUCCGCCAUCGAAUCCACCUCCUCCAUCGUAUCCACCUCCAUUAUCGUCGAAGGCAUCUGCGAGCAACAUACCACCCACCAGACCUCCAGCCAUACCCAGCCCAGCACCACCCAUGGCACCCAUGCCUCCACCACCACCGCGGCCGUAUCGCUUUGAGAGAGGAAAAGGGAGCAAUGAGAAGUGGGGGGGAGGGGCUUGUCAGUACAGUCAAAGUAAUCUCGGUGCCAUUUUUAGCCAUGCGACUCACACCUCGCUGCUGCUGAGCAUACAUGGGCUGCUGAGGAUAGCCCUGUUGCGGGUACAUCCCUUGUUGGGGGUACAUGCCCUGCUGCUGAGGGUAGCCCCCACCAUAUCCACCCUGUCCAUACCCUCCUGCUCCAUAUCCUCCCGGUCCGUACCCACCGCCCAUGCCCUGACCUCGAUUGUCAGGAGGUGGAGGACCAGAAGGAGCACUGUAUUGCCCAGUGGGCUUCUCAGACGCGCCACCUUCGUCGUGUGGGUGUACCCAGAUGGACCGGGGAGGUGUAGCGCGGGUGUCUACGUAGAAGUGGCGAUUGCUGAUGAGAGGUGGGGAGGAAGGAGACAAAGCAAAGGAUGGUGAGGUAGAGCGGUGUCAGUCAUGAGCUACGGCUCAGCCCUCCCUA